GAUUAUAAUGAUCCCAUCUGGAAUAUAAACCCCUAUCAUCGUUUCCUUAUUGGCUAAGCACAAGAGAAUUGCACUAUACUCUUUUUAUCUUGUGUUUUUACACAUUGGACUUACCGUCUACAUAAGGACAAGCAAUGCUCGCUCAUGAAAACCUUUUAUAUUUCUUAAUUGCUGGUUGGCUUCUCUGCUGUUUAUCUGGUCUAAAGGUAGGAAGUAAAUCCAAAGACAAAAGAUGUAAAAGAGUUUCCCUCCAUUACAAUACUUCUCUUUGCUUGACAUUGGAAGAGGCGAAAAACUAUUGCUCAAAACAUAACAACACGUUGUUUGAAUUCGAUGAAGACGAAGAGUUAUCUAAUUCAAACAAUGCAAACAGAUUCCGCCAAAGAAUUUUGAAAGCAUGUAAAAUAGACAAGGGUGUUGACGUUAUGCAGAAUCAAAACUCUUGUAAUAAUAAUACUUGGUGUCGAUGGGCAAGUGAAAAGAAGAUUUUAAGAAAUAUUUUGCAGAGUAACAACUCCUCUUUCACCAUUUGUCCUGAGAAUAGGGCAAAAAAAUCAUCGUACAAAAGUCUUUCAAAGCAAACCCCCUCUGAUAAUCGUCUACCGUUCAUUUGCGGAAGCGAAAUCUUGCAUAAGGAAAUGCUGCAAUCCUAUUUCCGUAAUGAACAACUUGGUGAGACGGGUUCGAAAGCUGGAAAUCAACCAUUUAUUGACCUAAAACCAGCCAGAAAAUUAAUAGCUCUACGCAAUUUUACGAAGAAAAUGAUCGAACUUGUCAACUCAACUUGCUCUGACGAGUCGCUCAGGGCAGAGAAUGCACGUCGUUCGAAAAUGGAAAUCACCGUAUGGAACUCGUUUGAACGCGGAGGAUGGAAGAAGACUGGAAUAAUGCCGUUUAAAUCAAUUAGAAAGCUUUGUCAAGGAAUUCGGAGAAAUUGUACUGUGAAACGGAUUAUCCAUCGAUUAAGGAAUGUUUCAGUCAGCGUGGACAAUCUGUGGACAUCGUCCCCGCUUACCGUUUCUGAAAUCAUAACCUUGGAUUAUAUUGCAAAUGGACAACUGUUAUCAGCACUUGACAAUGAAACAAUAUCUUUGAGCUUCUCCAACACGAUAAAGAAUGUUCUUAAGGAACAGGUCAAAUGCUUAUUUUUGGAUGGUGAAAAAUGGAGCGAUAAAAAUAUGAGUGUUGGUCCCGUCUAUGAAGAAAAUAUUACAUGCUUGGCUCGUCAUUUAACAAGCUUCACAAUGGUUAUUCUUCCAAAAACGGACAAGAUUGGGACUUCUGAUGAAAAGGCAUUAGAUAUACUUUAUUAUAUCGGGUCUGGGCUGUCACUGGCCGCUCUAUUGUUUUCGUGUAUUAUCUAUGUUGUUCUGUACAAAGAUCUGAAGAUUUUGACCACCAGUCGUCACUUGGUACAUUUCAACUUGCAGAUUGCAUUAGGAUUGACCCAAUUGGUUUUUCUCGUCGGGGGGGUUGCCACAGAGAAUGAGGUCGCUUGCAAGGUUGCGGCGAUUUUAGUGCAUUAUUUUUCUCUGGCUUCUUUUGUAUGGAUAUUUCUUGAAGCUGUGAUGCUUUAUUUAAAGCUAAUCUCUGUGUACAGUGGAGAGUUUGUGAGAAUGAAAAAUUUCAUGAUAUUUGGUUGGGGAUUUCCUUUGAUAUUUGUUGGCUUUACCGCGGGAAUAAAAACGAACAUGUAUGGAACAGAAGAAUGGUGCUGGAUAUCUUACGAAAAUGACUUUACCUGGGUUUUCUUGGCGCCAGCGAUAAUAGUAGUAACGGUAACCCUAGUUGUUGUUAUCGCCGUGGCUCGUGUAGUGUUUCGUCUUUCGAAGUCGAAAUGUACUGAUACCAAGAAAAGGAUAAUCUCUGCAGCCCGAGGUGUUAUGAUAUUAUUUCCAACUCUUGGUCUCUCCUGGGCUUUCUGUGUCAUUGCAUUCCACAGCGAUGACUUGGUGUGGCGCUAUCUCUUCACAAUAUUCGCAUCACUGCAGGGAUUUCUUAUAUUUCUCCUCUAUGGGGUUUGCAACAGAGAGAUUCGUGUCGCAAUUGGUCGGAGAAUCGGUCCCAACGUCACCUCCUCCUAUUCCACGUAAUAGGGCAGGUAUAAAUUGUACUUAUUCAUGAAAACAUGUUCUUUAAUCUUUGGCAUCAACCAAGACGUUAAUCCUGUAGACUUUGUGUACUCAUAUAUACUGAACUCUUUAGAGUUGUCCAGAAUUUUUCUCUCUGUUUCGGUUGUAGGUUCAUUUUUCAGCUAAUUCUUACACUCAAAAUUUUUGACGUAAAAAAAAACUGAAUGUUAAUACAUUAUCUCAAUAAAUUAAAUUUUUAAGGCCCA